UACUUUUUAUCUCGCACCUUCAUUGACGUUUGCCUGGCAGCAAACACUUUUUCAAAAAAGACAACGACACGUGCGCGAGACUUUCCGACCCACGAAUAUUCCACGGAGGCGCGCUUUUAUUGCGUCUCGCGUGACUCUCGGUUGCAGUUAAAAAUUGAAAUCGCCCUACGAAGCGAUCGCCCCGAGACUUUUGCCCGUGGCCGCUUCCUCGCGGCGGAAUGAAAUUAUUUGUGUUCCUAGAUAGCGGCGCUAUUUUGAAGUGAUUAUCGGCCACCGUUUAAUGCACAAGGAUGCCUUACGUGUGCUAUAUUUAUAGAGAAAAUCAAUAUCUUUAAUUUUUCACACGUACACACACAUCCAGUGGAGCUUGCAAGGUUUCUCCUGCCGCACGGUAUAAUCCUGUAAGCAAACGUCCUCUGCGCCGCGUAGACUUUUCGCGAGGGAAAAAUGAAAAGCGGCAGCCGGCUGUUAAAGGUACUUCUACAAGCAUCGGAGAAGGCGGCCAACAUUGCCAGGACCUGCCGGCAAAAGGAGGCCCUCUUUCAGUUGUUGGUGCAGGAGAAGUCCUUGGAAGAGAAAAACCCUCGUUUCUUCCAGGACUUCAAGACGUUGGCCGAUGUUCUCAUUCAGGAGACCAUCAGGCACGACAUAGAGAUUGAGUUUCCAGAGUUGGCCAAGCUAGUGCAGGGCGAGGAAACCAAUGUGUUCAGCAACACCAUGGGGGAAUCUAUUAUCGUUGAGGUCUGCUCGUGCAGCAAAGACACGACACAGCUACUGACGAAAGUCAUGAGCAACGACGCUGUGGCGGCAGAAUUGCUCGCUGCCGAGGUCCAUAAGGACGUUCAACUUUCAGACGUGCCAAUCACGUUAGACUUCCCCAAUGAUUUCGAGAUCAAUGUAGACGAUCUUGGUAUUUGGAUAGAUCCAAUCGAUUCAACGGCAGAUUACAUAAGCGCGACGGAGGCAGUGGACGAGCAGACCGGUAUACAUUUGAGCGGGUUGCGUUGCGUCACUGUCUUAAUUGGUGCGUACAAGAAAAGUACGGGAGUACCAGUUUUGGGUGUAGUUAAUCAACCUUUUUGCGCCAAUGUGGACUCGCAAUGGACAGGAAAGUGUUACUGGGGUUUUCUGAGUGCUGGCAUCGCCAAGUCUUCCAUAAGUGAUACGUGCAGCAACGUCGAUAAAAUUAUUUUGCUCAGCCGCUUCGAAGACGCAGACGUAAAAUCGAAGCUGCUAAACAGUGGGUUCAGAUUGGUAGAGGUAGCGGGGGCAGGAUACAAGAUACUGAGCGUUGCUAUUGGGCAAGCUGCCGCCUACAUCUUGUCGAAAGGUUCCACUUACAAGUGGGACACGUGUGGACCGCAGGCCCUCCUGUCAUCGGUCGGCGGAAGUAUCAUCGAGUUUAAAGAAUUUAUCGUGAAUCCAGAUUCGGAUAAUCUGAGCGUGAACUAUUUACCCAUCGGCACAAACUUCUCCAAUCGCGCAGGCUUGAUAGCCUACAGAGAUCCUCAAAUUCUGGAAACCUUCAAAGGUAUUUUAAGCAGAUCAUCUCGUUAAUAGACACGACGAAGAUAUUUAUUAAUAUAUAUUCAGUAAUAAAACUAAUAUAUUUGUUAAUUUGAUAAAUGGAUUAUUUGCUAAUUGAUGUAGCUCUAAUCGUUAAUUAUGUGAUAUAAUAAAUUAAUACAGUCCAAAUAUAUAUAUAUAUAGAGAGAGAGAGAGAGAUCGUUUAAUAUGCAUAGAACAGUUAUAUAAUUUGGUUUUACAUGUAAUACUCGUAAAAAUAUGACAGUUACAUUUGUUAUUUAUUACUACCUUUAUAUAUCUAGCAUACAAUAUGUAUAAAAGUUAUGUUAACAUAUACUACUACUUUAUUAUUAUUACGUUACAUGACUGUUCCUGUUUUCGUUUUGUACUCUGUUAUCAGGCUUUCUUUAAGUGUAUACAAAAUAUUUGAAUAUAUCUUAUACAUA